CGUAAACAUUUCUCGCAACUACCCCAGCCGUCAUAUCCUGAUCUGCAACCAACAGCCCAAACGAACAAUACCAUCCCCCACAACUCCAUGUCGUAUGCAUUGUACCCCACACCCGUCCCCUUCAUCCCCUUGCCGACCCCUCCUACGCGAAAGCGUCGUGCUGACAUCAUCACACAAAUGCUGUAUCGGUCCUACGACGCCCAAUUCAAAGUCGCCACGUCCGACGUGUUUAACGCACUGGCCAUGAAAAUCGAGCGAAUACUGUCCCGAGCAUUUCCAAACGACGACGACGACGACCUAUCACCAGACGUGCUGGAAUCACGACUGAAAUACGUAAUAGAACGCAUCCUGUACUCGAAGGAAAGCGUGGCGCUGCAACCUAACAAUUUCACGCUCGACGAAUUCGUCAAGUUCGAACUGUAACCCAAGUCGGAUUGUUCAGUCCUGACAAUCACCAACGGUAGUGAUAACAGUUAGUAAUUUAAUUAUUAUUACACGUAUUCCAAUA